AUGUCCGCAAAGUCACUCAGAAAUCUGAUCCAGUACAGCAUCCUUCUGAUGCUCUUGACCCUGCUAGGACUCUUCCUGCUCUACCCCAUCGCGCUGACAGUGCGAGGUGGAUUCGCGGAGGACCCUGCGACUGGAACUGGAUGGACACUCGAUCAUCUGCGUUUGGUCUUCGAAGAUCCCCUGCAGAUCACUGGACUCAUCAACUCGCUCAAGAUCGCGAUCGCGGUCACGACCACUUGCAUCAUCAUCUCGCUCCCGCUCGCAACACUGAGCGCCCGAUUUACCUUUCCUGGAAAGAAGAUCCUCAACGCCGCGAUCUUGGUGCCGUUGAUCCUCCCGCCGUUUGUCGGCGCGAUCGGGAUCAGCAAGCUCAUGGGACGCGAGGGCGCGCUCAACGCGAUGCUCGGCACCGACUGGGAUCUGCUCGGCAACGGGAAGUUCUGGGGAGUGGUCAUCGUCGAAGCGCUCCACCUCUAUCCGAUCAUUUAUCUCAACACCGUUGCGUCGCUCGCGAACCUCGAUCCGGCGCUCGAUGAGUCUGCGGAGAAUCUGGGCGCGGGAGGGUGGAAGCGGUUCUUCAAGAUCACACUGCCGUUGAUCCGUCCGGGAUUGUUUGCGGGAUCGACGAUCGUGUUCAUCUGGAGCUUUACGGAGCUCGGCACGCCGUUGAUGUUCGAUUACUCGACCGUGACCCCGGUGCAGAUCUUCUACGGCUUGAAAGAAGUGCAGAACAACGCCGAGCCGUAUGCACUCACGCUCGUGCUGCUGUUCUCAGCGAUCAUGAUCUACAUCCUCGGCAAGCUCGUGUUUGGACGCAAGGGAUACGCGAUGUAUUCCAAAGCAUCGCGUGCCGGAGGCGAGACCCCACUCAAGCCGUUCUGGGGAUUCAUGGCGACCAUCGCGUUUGGAGCCGUGACUGUGCUCGCGUUGAUGCCGCAUAUCGGCGUGGUGCUGACCUCGCUUGCUGAGCCGGGUUCGUGGUACUCAUCAGCGCUUCCUGAAUCGCUCACCUUCUCCCACUUCGAGCAGGCGUUGACUGCCGGCGAAUCCUUCAACUCGAUCAAGAACUCACUGAUCCUGUCGCUGCUCGCGAUGAUCCUCAAUAUGGGGUUCGGCGUGCUGAUCGGAUACAUCCUCGUCCGCACCAAGGUCAUCGGACGCGGACUGCUCGAUUCGCUCUGCAUGCUCCCGCUCGCGGUGCCUGGACUGGUGAUGGCGUUCGGAUAUGUCGCGAUGACCCUCCGCUUCCCGUUCGGAGCGGGUGAUCCGCUCGAGGGCACGCUCGCAGUCUUUGGGACAGAUCCGAAUCCAUUCCCGCUGCUCAUCAUCGCGUAUGCGGUGCGUCGCUUGCCGUAUAUCGUGCGUUCGACGGUUGCGGGACUGGAGCAGACUUCAGGCGAACUCGAAGAAGCCGCCGUGAACCUGGGCGCGACGCGCGUCGCAGCGGUCCGCAAGGUCAUCAUCCCGCUCAUCAUGGCAAACCUGAUCGCGGGUGGAUUGCUGGUCUUCAGCUUCUCGAUGCUCGAGGUCUCCGACUCGCUGAUCCUCGCACAGCGGAGCGAUCACUUCCCGAUCACGAAAAUGAUUUACGAGUUCACGAACCGGCUCGGCGAUGGACAGUACAUAGCUUCAGCGAUGGGUGUCUGGGGCAUGACGCUCCUCACCGUCACGCUCGUGGGCUCAUCGGUGAUGAUGGGCAAGAAACUCGGGUCCAUCUUCAGAGACAAGUUUCCUUGGUAUACCGCACUUAACGAUGAUGGUGACUUCCUCGGAUUUGCAAAGUCCGGAGCGUGGUCUCCACGCGGUGGAUACAACUGGACCGCUGAGAUCACGAUCUAUCUCGCGGAUCAUGCAAAAGGAAAGGGGAUCGGCAAGGCGCUGUACUCAAAGCUUCUUGAAACACUGAAAGCACAGCGAUUCCAGGUCAUCGUCGCGGGAGUCGCGGAACCCAAUCCCGCGAGCGUCAAGCUCCAUCAAUCCAUUGGGAUGGAGCGGACAGGGUACAACAAGACCAUGGGGUACAAGCACGGCGAGUGGAUCGACGUGGGGUACUACCAGAUGAUCCUCGGCGACCUCUCCAAUCCACCACCCCCUGUCCUAAGCGUCAGCGAGGCACUGAGCACGCUGGACACGCUUCUCCGCGCCACGCACAUCCUCCGCAGCGCGUGGACCGCGACGCUGCUGUAUGACGAAUCCCCGUUUGACACCAAGUGCAUGAUCGAUCCCAAGACCGGGUCGUUCAUCGUCGCGAUUAUGGAUGACGCGCUGGACGCUCGCGACAUCACCCUCGCGUGUCCGCGAGAUUCGUUCGACUCGCGCGUGCGCAUCGCUGUGGAUCUGAGCAACGAUGUCAGCGAGGAGCAGAGCGACCGAUUCACAGCGUACCACCUCCCGGCGACCACCCCACUGCUCGCAGUCGCGACCUACGAGUACGCGAAGCUCGAUUCGGGAGAGGUCGUCACCCCGGAGAACUGCCCGCUCGUCAAUCCGCUGGUCUCGGUCAUGGGAUCGCUGUGCAAAGCACUCAACUCGGACCGCGAUCGACUGUCGCGUCUGUGCGAGGAGCUGUCUGGAGUCGAGCACGAAUCACCACUGGCCGUCGGGGUGGACGGCACGGGCAUCGACAUCCGCGCCAGCUUCGGUCUUGUUCGUCUCAAGCUUCCGUCCAUGAUUUCCAAUCCUGAAUCUGCCCUCGAUUCGGUCAACGCGCUCCUGGAGAAGUGCGAUGCGAUGAUCGAAGCGAUCGCUGAGCACAGCCAAACCCACAAACCCGAUCAAUGGGUGCUCGCGCACAGCGCACGUCCAGAAGCGUGGAGUGACACUCGCUGGCCGACACGUCAGGAGCUUGACCACGCGGCGGAUGGCCGUCCUGUGUGCGCGUGGUGCUUCGAUUACCACGCGCUUGUUGCUUCGAGCGGCGCGCUGGAGCACGCGAAAAUUGAUCAGCACACAAAGAUCGAUCGCGGGAUCAUGGAACUCGCACACGACGGCACACCAACCGGUGUCCUCUACGAACUCGCGGCACUCCGCCUCUGGGACUGUGUCCCUGAACCCGAUGCGGACGCUCGCAAGUUGCUUGUUCUUAGCGCGUGCACGCACCUCGAAGCACUUGGAUUCAACGAGGUCCACGAUCUCAAGUCCCAGCCUUGGCUGGGACCGCUGCUCGCAGAGCUCCGCGACGAAGGACAAACCACCCUGUCCUUCGAGCUCUUCCCGCUGAUCCCCGAUCUAGAAGCGACACUCGCAACGCGCGACCAGUGGGAAUCCGAUCAGCUCAAGCUCGCGGGAACGAAGAUCUUCACCGACGGCACACUCAACUCGCGCACGGCGUGGAUGCUUGAUCCGUACACCGAUACGAAGACCACAGGCACCCCGAUGAUGACCCCAUCGGAGAUCGACGACGCGAUGCUCCUCAGCAAAUCCCACGGCCUUCCCGUCGCGGCGCACGCGAUCGGGGACGGCGCGGUCCGCGCGGUCCUCGAUUCGAUCGAGCGCACGCAGAGCACGAACAUGGGCGCGCGGAUCGAGCAUCUGGAGCUGGUCCACGAUGAGGACAUCCAGAGAUUCGCCAAGCUCGGUGUGAUCGCGUCGGUGCAGCCUUGCCAUCUGCUUCCCGAUAUUGAGAGUUUACGUGCGUGCUUGAGUGAUCGGUUGGAUCGUGUGCUGCCGCUGCGUUCGCUGCUUGAAUCGGGAUUAAUCGCGGGACUCGUUGCAAGCCGCGAUGCACCGACGGCGCGUGGGUAUGGAUGA